AUGGCUGGGCUGAUCAAGAAACAGAUCCUCAAACACCUCUCCAGGUUUGCCAAGAACCUCUCCCCAGAUAAGAUCAAUCUGAGCACGCUGAAAGGGGAGGGUCAGCUGACCAAUCUGGAGCUGGAUGAGGAGGUCCUUCAGAAUAUGCUGGACCUGCCCACCUGGCUGGCCAUCAAUAAAGUCUUCUGCAACAAGGCGGCUAUCCGGAUCCCAUGGACCAAACUAAAGACUCACCCCAUUACUCUGUCACUGGAUAAAGUGGUGAUGGAAAUGAGCACCUGUGAUGAGCCUCGCCCACCCAAUGGCCCGUCUCCCAUAGCAACAGCCUCAGGUCAAAGUGAGUAUGGCUUUGCAGAGAAGGUGGUGGAAGGCAUCUCUUUGUCCGUAAACUCCAUAGUGAUCCGGAUCAGUGCCAAAGCCUUCAAUGCCUCCUUUGAGCUCUCUCAGUUACAGGUCUACAGCGUCAACACCAGCUGGGCCACCAGUGACCUGCGCUACACACGUAUUCAGGACCCUACACGUGGAGAGAUCUUGACUUUUAAGGAGGUGAGCUGGCAGAUGAUCCGAAUCGAGGCGGAUGCUAUCCAAAGCGCCGAACAUGAAGUACUGAGUGCUCCCAUUCGCCUCAUUACCAACCAGUCCAAAAUCAGAGUUACUCUCAAGAGGAGGAUGAAGGACUGUAAUGUGGUGGCGUCUAAGUUGAUUCUGAUCCUGGAUGACCUGCUGUGGGUACUGACGGACUCCCAGCUGAAGGCCAUGGUUCAGUAUGCCAAGUCUCUGAGUGAAGCCAUGGAGAAAUCAGCCCAGCAGAGAAAGAGCAUGGCCACAGAGACCUCACAGGGUGCGUCGGCUCCCCCCUCAGCUCAGCAGGUGCGUACACAGCAGGCAUCAGCCUCUGCUGACCAGAGCGCCUCCAUGGCCAGGCUCUUCAGUGACUACGACGUGUGUGAGACCUCCCACCACCUCCAGAUCACACACCUGGACCUGCAUAUCUGUGAUGACACCCACGCUAAAGACAGAGGGAUUAAUAAGAGAAUAGAGGGUGGAGCCAUGCAGCUCUCCUUCAACUCCAUCACUGUGGACUACUAUCCCUUCCACAGAGCAGGUGAGAGCUGUCUGCACUGGAUGCAUUACAGCGAGGCCACUAAGACUCGAGAGGGCUGGGCCCGCUCUUUGCUCGAGGAAUUUCGCUCCAACGUGGACAUGCUCAAAAACGCUGUCCGGGACCAUCAGAGCACCAGUGGCCAAUCACAGGGAUCCCCUCAACAUGGGAAAAUCUCCACCAGCUCCAGCAGCUCCUUCUCUCCUCCACCCACACCCAGGACUCAGCUCAUGUCUAGUUCUAUAGUCCUCCGCAUGGCUGACUUCAGCAUCUAUCAGGUGUCCACGGCAGAUCAGGUGCGCUCCAGUCCCAAGACCAUGAUCUCCUGCAAUAAGAAAUCACUGUACCUGCCUCAGGAGAUGCCUGCCAUCCACGCUGAGUUUACUGAAUACUACUUCCCCGAUGGCAAAGACUAUCCCAUUCCCUGUCCUAAUCUCUACGUGCAGCUGAAUGCACUACAGCUGGUCCUGGAUGGGCGAAGUCUGGUGUGGAUGAAUCUGUUUGCUCUGGACCUGAGACAGAGUCUGGAGCAGUUUAUGCAGCUCUACAAACUGGCUGAUGACUCCCAGAAACCUGACGAGCAUGUGGACAUCAGGGUGGACGGACUCAUGCUGAAGUUGGUGAUCCCUGCUGAUCAGGAGCUGGCUCACCAGCAGGAUUUCCCUCGCUCUGUGUCGGUGCAGACCUCAGAAAUGAUCGCCACAAACACCCGCCAUCCUUCCGGCUGCACCCGUUCCAACUUGGAAGCUUUGCUUCAGGCCUUCCAGGAGGAGGCCUUCUUCUCCUCGUCCUCCUGCUUUUCCUUUCCACGGGGCCCGGAUUCUUUCCCCGUGCUCCACCCUGUCUUCCAGCGCCACGCCCACGAGCAGGACACACGGCUGCACGAGGUCUAUCGCGGUCUGGUCCCUCCGGUUCUUUCUGCUCACGCUCUAAAAUCGCCCGCCGCCACCGAUGUAUGGGCGCUUCACUUUGCCCAGUUCUGGACCGACUACGAGGGCACGCGCAGCGGGCGCGGUCGCCCCUCGCCCUUCGUGGACUCGUUCCCGCUCACCCUGUGGGUGUGCCAGCCCGCCCGCGUUGCCCAGCACCAGGAGCGACUCCGCUCGGGCGUGGCGGGUGGCCCGGGGGCGAUGUCACGCAGCGAGUCGGCCGAGUUCACCAGCCGUCUCCAGAGGAAGAAACUGCUAAAGGAGUAUUACAGCGCCGACGCCACGCCCGGCAACGCACCUAGCAACGGCAUCCGCAAACCACGCUCUCUGGACGGCCUGGGUGGGUCCUGCGCCUCCUCAUCUUCCUCCUCCUCCUCCUCCUCCUCCUCCUUAGGGGAUGCAGACAUGCAGGUUCUGGUGCACGUUCAGAAGCACUUAAGCGCGCAGGUGAGUCAUGCGCAAUACGUCUUCCUCCUGCGACUUCAGCAGUCGGUCAAAGCCCUGCAGCGCACCCUGCAGCAGGACCUGGAGCAGCUGGGGACUAAACGGCAGAGACGGCAGGAGCCUGUCCGACCCCUCAGCGCCUGCGUGGGGGUUUUGAUGAAGAGCGCUGAGGUUGCCCUCCUCCUCAAACCCAUCCCGCAGUCAGACGCCGUAAGCCCCCAGGGCUCUGAGCUCUCCCCCUCGGAGAGCAGGGGCACGCUGGAGGCCGGCAGCGAGGCCGGAGGAGAAGGGACGGAGAAGCUCCCGGGAGAAACGUCAAAGGGCACCUGCCCCGUGGAUGAGCUUCUCUGUGUGGUGAACGAUGGUCAGAGCGCCGCUCCGCUCCUCCCUCCACCCUCCUCUUCCUCACCCGCUCCCUCUGCCAGGAAAGCCUCUGUGGAGGCAGUGGGGGGCAAGCGUCCGGGCUCGGAGGAGAAGAGGGAGGAUGGAGAGAACCCUCUGGAGGGUGAGGCGAGUUCAGCAGAGGCCAAAGCCCAGCAGGGGGAAGCCUUGACUGGUAGGAGUGGAGCAGUGGAGAGCCUGGGUGACCCGCUGUCCAAAGACUGGAGUGACAGCAGAGAUAAAACAGCUGGAGCCAAACUACCUCAGUCCAUGUCUAGGAAAGGCAGUUUAUCAGUGGUCUCUGACCUGCUGAGCUCCACAAAUACCAGGUCUACCUCCUUAUAUUCCAUAUCCAGCAUUGGCCGUCUGAUGAGAGACAAGUCCCAGUCCAGUUUCUCUGUGUCCUAUAAGAACCUAAAGAAAAGCCCCUCACUGCAGUCACUGGACAACAUCUCUAUAGACAGCUACCUGCUGGAGGACUGUGAUACCUGCAGCCUACUGGAAAGAGAUGACGUUUCCAUCUCGGGUUUUAAAGAGGCCUUGAGUGAGCAGAAUGCAGUAGAGAGUGCCAGUGAGGUGCAGGGUCGUGUGCCCGCUGAUGAGGCUGCCUCUCCUGAUGCCGUCAGUGCUGCGUCUCAGAGCAUCGACGAGCCUACCAAAGACAUGGUGUCAGUCCUGGUUCUGAAGGUCCAUUCUGUGUGUGCCUCCGUGGAUGUUAAGGGAGAGGACACUGCCGUGGCUUUGGAGGUUGGUCAGCUGCGACCCACCCAGCUGGGGAACGUCAGCCUGCGGCAGUAUCUUAGUAACCGUAGCCUUGGUUCUGGUGUCGCGCUGUGUUCUGGUAGCGAGAAGUCCUGUGCGGAGGUUCAGGUUCGGUUAGAGAGCGGACCGGGUGCAGCGGCUCACUCUCCUUUGGCUGAACACAACGGCUUCCUGCAGUGCCACCUGCAGAGUUUCAGUGCUGACUUUGCCAUGGCAUCACUCCAAAAUCUGGCCCUCUUUCUGGAGGAUGACUCCACUUCCCAGGUCCUGCCUAUGGAGAUCAGAAUCAAAGAUACUCACAUCAACCUGAAGGACUCUGGUCCCAGAGACGGCUCAUCAGACCCUGAGCCCACUCCCAUGUCCCUGCACAUAGACAGCCUGCUCAUCCACCGCAGAGACGACGGCUCCUUCUCCGUAGGAGUGAAAGAGGCAGGAGAGGCUGCUCCCUCGAAGGCAGAGCCCUUGGCUGACAGCAGACUCAGCUCUGUCCCUGAGCUAGCUGUGAGUGGGAGCACUGAGCCAAAGGCCACUCAGACCACACCUCUGUCUCCCACCGGCUCCGCCCUGUCCCGUAGAGAACAGCUGUUGUUGGAAGAGAACGAGUGUUUGAAACAGGAGCUUUCCAGAGCCAAGAUGGCAUUAGCUGAAGCCCAAAUGGAGAAGGACUCACUUCUGCACCAUGUGAAGACUUUAAAACUGACUACUGGGGGCAGCACUAGUUAACACCAUGUGACAUUACGACAUGUGUUUGUGUGUGUGUAUGUGUGUGCAGGCAGCGGUGCGCUUGGGCAUGGGUUUGCGCUGUCCGGGCCUGUGACAGUACAAGGGUCAAAAGGCUUUUGAACCAGAGGUACCAACAGAUGCUACCUUACUGCACCGGAUCAGAUGCCCAACUCCGAAGGAGGGCUCAGAGCCACGUGCAAAAUCCCAGUAUAAGAGACUUUCAGCAGACAUAUAAGUCACUGUUUUCUGGUCUCUGUUUGGUUUUCAAAUGAACUCUUCUGUUUUUCAUUUUGUCUUUUUUGGAUUCUUUGCAGUUUGUAAAUGGCAGUUCAGUCUCUCAUUGUGAGAAGUUUUCAUCAUUUGAUUUUUGUUGCCCCUGUUAAAUUUAGGAGGGUGUGUCAAGGACUUAACACAUACACACAAACGCACUCACACAAACACACCACACAGGAGCGCAUUCUGCACUCAUAACCUCAGUUCCAGAGCUUUGCUAUGGGCUUGAGAGACAAAUGGGGUUUGAUUCUGAAUGUCAUAUUGAUGGAGGAAUGUCUUAAAAAAGAGACAGUUUGCACUGCGCUGAAUGGUAUCAUGUACUUAAGUACUUUGUGGAAACAAAGAAGUAUUUAGCUCUUAAACAAAUUGUACUUGUAAGUAUGGGUGGUAAUGCUGAAUCAAUACACAAGAAUGUUUUGUACAGAGUUUUGAAUGUGUGUAUGUGUGUGUGCGCGCCUGUGUGUGUGUGUCUGUGAGUGUGUUCUCUGUAGUGCUUUUAACAGGCAUUUUAAUACACCAAUGUACAAAAAAUGUGAAAUUAUUUUCAUAAAUCAUUUAACUUAAUACAUACACAAUGGGAAUUUCCAUAUGGCAACAUUGCACUGGCUUAAAUGCCAAUUCUUAAAAUGAACUUAGCUGGAGAGUGUGCUGUGAAUGCUGCCUUUUGUCACUGUAAAUAUCAUUCAUGUUGAGUGACAGAGUGAACCACCAGUGGAAGACAAGAACGCUAGUUAAAGUCAUAUCUGUAAGGAGCACUACACACAUUGUCAUACAUUGUUCAUUCUCCACAAUUCGCCACUGUGGGUCGCAAUAGUCUGUAUAUGAACUCUCAUAGACCCUGUGUUUAUAUCUGGAAUGUUCUGCCAUGACCUGAGGUCAUGUCCCUGAAUGCUGCUGCUGCGGUUUCAUGCUUUGUGUCUCUGUAUAAAAGCUUAUGGGAUUAUGCAGUGCACGGAAGAACCCCAGUCAAUCAGAGGCAUUGUCAGUUACAGAUCUAAUAGAUAAAAUGUGUUUGUCUUAUUGACAUCCAAACAACACAUGAAAUGACUGCUUUUUUUCGGGAGUAGAAUGAGUGUGGAGAACAGUAGUUUUGGGAUUUACAGGGGAAUAUCUUUAAUAAAUUCAAACACAUCUCCAAAAUUAGCUUCAUACAUUGCCUGUCCACCAGACUGAUUUCUUUGCUUGUGAUAGACAUCAUAUAGAUGGUAGAGGCUUUUUGGGUUGUAUGAGUGUUUACUUGAAUGGUGUUAUCCGGCACUGAAUGAAGUGCGUUGGUUAAUUUUUUAUAAUCUCCAUUUCCAUGGUAAAAAAAAUCUGGAAAAAAACUCCUUCCUGGUGGUAUCCUCACUUCUGAAACAGACACAAAAAGUGUAAGAACUGGUAGAAUUCACAGUGAUGAAACUGGCAAAUCUGUAAGAUCCAGGUUCUGCUCCUUAUUAACUUUUAUGUGAAAUUAUACCUUGUGCUAAAACAGUAACUUGAAAAUUUCACUUUGGGAAUAGGCUAGAAUAAAUGAGAGCCUUUAAAAGGACUUGUAAACAACAUACAGAGAUGAGUCCUGCCAACACAUUUUUCACAAAUGUCAAAGGUCUUAUUUGCUUAUAGUGACAGAGGUUGUUUCUAUCUCAUUGGGGAAAAAAACUCAGAAUCUCUUUUGGUUUGUGUCCACCCCCUCCCCUCCGUUAUGACCAAAGCUCCCUGUCCCCACAUAAGCACAGAGCAGCCAACCGAAGUGCCUGUCACUGCACAACCCUCUUCUAACAACUCCACAGAACAAGUCUCUGCCCCAAAUCCUCUAAAGUCCCACUCAGCACAAUGAGUGAAUGUGUUCCCCAGUGCUUGACCAAUCAGGUAACAGGCUCCUGUCAUGCACUGUGGCCUCUAACUGUCUGAAGGAGUGGCCACCUCACUGUCAAGACUUGAAUUGGGAGAGUUUGGGGGGGGUAACACUUGAUUGUAUCUUAUCUGUAAAAUAAAAUUUAAAAAAAUGUAAAGGGGAGGUUUUGUUCCUCCUGCUGUAGAUCCACCCCUUUGUAGAUGUAGCCUGUCCUCCAUCUCAUUGAGCUUGACCCCUUGUUUCAUGAGAUCCAUUCCCAUAGAACCUUUGGAGGAUAUAACAAGAAAAAAAAUUAACAAGCAAAGUUGUAAUAUGUAAAAACUUG